AUGGCCUGUGAUAACCUAGCCAAUGUCCUUGACAUCUACAAGUCAAUGGUCAACUACCCAUGGCUGAAAUAUCCAAAAAGAAGCCAAGAGUUCAAAAAAGUCAUGACUUAUGUUCAACUGCCCCAGUCCUACAAGAUGCCAAUGGAAGAGUUUCCCCCAAAGCCAGAGUGCUGGAGGCCACACCCAAACAAGACCAACUCAGUCCCUUACUGUUAUCACAAUAAACCAGAGAUCUAUACACACUGGCACACCCUGUAUGAUCCACAAUGGGAACAACAGGAACGGGAGCCCCAGAAGAUGUUGCGGAAAAUGAGAGACCACUCUAGAUACUCCAAAGAGGAUUCCUCUACCUAUAAAUUCUAUCUCCCCAUAAGCAAGUUGGCUAUAAAACCACAGAUGGGACCCAAACCCUUGGAUCCUAUCGAAGACUCCCUAAAGUGGCAAAGAGUAAAGGAACUCGCAAAACAACUGAGUUCUCCCAGAGAGGAUGAGCAGUGCUAUGCAGCACAGGCUCUGGGGUGCCUGGGCAUCAGCGACAAAUAUGUCAUGGAGGCACUAGGGAAAGUGGCCCAAACCGGUCCAGAGAGAGUGAAGUAUGAGGCCUGCCGAACCCUGGCCAUCCUGGGCUGCCUGAAUAAGCAUGUGGUCCAGAUUCUCAUCCAGCAGCUCAAGGGGAGCAAUGAGGAGCAAAGACUGGAUACUCUGAAAGGACUACGACAGGGUCUGAACAUCCAGUCUACUAUCUCCAAAGAUAAGGUGACUGGGAAGAUUCAAGUUGGCGAUGAAGGGAAGUUGGUGGCUGUGCUGCAAAUGCUGAUCAAGAAGUCACUGAGUGAAGCAGCCGUGGAGGCAGCCCUGUGCCUGGGUUUCCUGAGGCCCUGCAGCAGCAUGGCACAAGAGUUCUUACUGCAGUGCCUGUGCCAAAAGCCCAAGACCCAGCAGAUGAAGGCCCUUAGGAUGCUGGUCAAGAUGAUGCACGUGCACUCUGCCAUAGUCAUCAGAGCCAUCUUAGACCAGCUGUGCGAUUCCAGAGUCCUUGAGCACCGCUUUGAAGCCACCCAGAUGCUCAGGACCAUUGGACUGGAGCAGAUCCAGGCAGAGGGGCUGGAAGUCCUCACUUUUGAUCUACUCAGGAAGAGGAUCUACAACGAACCCUUCCUGGCUAUGAGGCAGGCUGUGGCGGAAACUUUGGAAGAGCUCAAGAUGAAGCCGAUGUUGCUCAACUUAGUAGAGGCGCAACUGAUGGACUCAAAGGCCAGCAUACGCCUGGAAGCAGUCAUUUCAUUGGGUGUCCUGGGGAUUCGCAGCUCACAAAUGUUCCACUUGCUCCUGGACAUGUUAGAUGUGGAAAAGAACCAGCUUGUGAAGAAGAGUCUACAAGAAACAUUAAUUCUUUUGACCUCAACUGAUCCCUGGGUCCAAAACAAGCUGAAGAACAAGAUUUUCUUUGUACAUGAGGAACCUAAGAGCAAAAAGAGCACAAUGCCUACAAGGUUCCGGAAAGAGCCUGAGAGCCCAGAAGACUUAAAUAUCCAAGACUUUAAGCUUGCACAGCUGAACCCCUUGUUUAUUACAAAGUCUAGCACUGUAGCAGACCAACAGAGAAAACUGGCUGCCCAGAAGGGGUCUGUCUUCUACCUCAACUCUGCCUUACCAUCCUGUUUAUCUAACUCACUAAAACACAAGUCUCGAGCCACAGGGCCCUGGGGACCAGCAAUCAGGAAACAGCUCCAGGCCCUUUCUAAAGCCUCCAAAUAG